GGGCUGAGGAGCGCAGGGGGGCGCUUAUUGGCACACAUUCGACCCCAUCGUGUCAUGACUGGAAUAUGUACUGUGCUGUCUUCCACUGCAGAGCUAAAGAGCAAGUGUGUGUGCAGGCGGGGAUCUGAAACAGAGGAGCGACUGUUGAAGGACUGCUAGAGAAAGAGAGAGGGAAACCAAAAUGGUAGGAGUUACAGGAUUCUGAGUUUCAAAGGGACGCAGCUUGCUUGGGUGGGAAACGAUGUGGAAAGCAGCGGGGCCGAGGAGCGGAAGUGCUGAAUGGAAGUGACAUUGUAACGGAGAGAGAGCGACUGAUGAGAGUAGAGAACCGUGGUGAGGAUCAAAGAGGAGCCGGUCCGGAAGUUUGUGUAAGAGGCAUGCAGCCGAGCAAAGGAAUGGAUGGAGAGGUUUGUCAGGACGCCCAGCACAGCCGCACCACGCACAAACGGAGGUCAUCUAAAAACAAGGCCCCCCUGCCUCCAGCAGUGGUGCAUGGUCCGUGUGUGUCAUCUUGUGCUCCUGCAUUAACACACACUACCAUGGAGCAGAAAGAGAAUCUGCUGGAGCAAGAGUUGCUACUGACAGUGGUGCUACCUGAAGGUGUUGAGAAGACCACAAUGGUGCAUGGCAGUAAACCCAUGAUUGACCUACUCGUAAUGCUGUGCGCAAAGUACCAUCUCAACCCAUCAGGCCACACCAUUGAACUCGUCUCCACUAAUAAGAACCACAUUAAAUUCAAGCCCAAUGCUCUUAUUGGGGAUCUGGAGGCUGAGAAGGUUCUGCUGAAGCCCAAAGGCAUGGAGGACAAGAACAAGAAGACUGGACCACAAAUGCCAGAGGCUACUGUGCGUCUGGUAAUAAACUAUAAAAGGACCCAGAAGACAAUUUUGCGAGUGAACCCUAAGCUUGCUCUGCAGGAGCUGCUGCCCGCUAUCUGUGAGAAAUGUGAAUUUGAUGUGCAGAGCACUGUGCUAUUGCAGAACGUGCAUUCACAGGAGCCUUUGGACCUGAACAACUCCCUCAGUGACCUCGGCCUCAGGGAGCUCUACGCCAGAGACACACGGGUUAUCAGUCCAACAGACUUCUCUUCAUCACCAACUCAUUCAGAUGUUUUUCAACCUGGCAAGGACAAACUCCAGAAAGAAAAAGAAAAUAAAGGACUGUUUGGCAUGUUCAGACGAGGAAGUAAGAAGAAACCCGAUCAGGUAUCAACUGUGAGUGCGCCAGCAUCCCCAACCAACAGGAAAUCAAGACCUGCGAGCAUGAGUUCACUCAGCAUACAGUCCUCAAAAUACGACUCGAACACUAUGCCGUCUGACACACCGAAGAAGAGACGGGCUCCUCUACCCCCACACAUGAAUCCCUCUGACCUCAGCCAUCAGCACAGCAACUCUCAAACAAGCAGUCAUCCUGAUGACAACCAGGUUGCGGCACCUCUGACUCGAAGUUUAUCUACCGAGUCGUCUCUAAAGAGGAGUAAAAGGAAGGCUCCACCACCCCCUACCUCCCCCAGCAUCCCCUCAGUGACGCAUGAUGAAAAAACACAGGAUACAACUCUAACAGAGUUACCAACAACCCCUGAGGAGAUCCCAGAGAAUCAGGAGUCUUCUAUCAUCCUGGAUGCCCCUGUUGUCCCUGUAAGCCCCAGUCCUGAGAGCUUGAGUGCUGUACCAGAGCUUCUAGAGGAUGACAGUAGCGUCAACCUCUCUGUCGACAUCUCUCUGGACUCUAGAGCAGAAACUGCCUCCCCAACUCAGGAGAUAGAAAGUGUAGUUCCACCUAGGGAGAGCCCACAAGAAGUGCCAUCUGAUCUGACCACAGAUGGCAAACUAGCUGCAGACUCUGAGGUGAAACAAAAUCAGCCAGAGGCUGAGUCCGAUCCUCAGUUACAAUCAACAAACAAUGCUAGUGUUGAUGAGAGGACUGAACAGGCAUGUUUAACUGCUGAAAGUUCUACAGCAGUGAAGGAAGAGAACAGUACACCAGUGGAUGCCACUCAGGGUUCUAUACACAAAGUCACACACACCCAGCAAGCAGAGCCACAGGCUCCUCCUAAGCCCAGUUAUACAGCAACUGCUGUACAAACAAUGCCAAACCUGUCCUACACUGUGACCAGUGCAAGUCAACUACACACUGAAACUGAAACAGAGAUAUACAGCUCUACUGAGGCCAUACCCAUUCCGGAGUCAAUCGUCUGUACGUCUGUAACCUUAGGGAGUCCAAAAAAGGACAUGGCCACAUUGACAGAAGAUCCCCAAACACAAGAAAUUCACCUACCUUCUACUCAAAGCUUUGAUAUGCAGACAUGGACCUCCACUCACGUCCCUGAAAGCCCAAAAUCCAUUCAGACUCCCAGUCCUGAAAAUCAAAAGUCCACACAGAUUUCCUCAGCAACUAAACGUAGCAAUUUACAGUACCUUGUUGCCACCGAGCCUAAGCCUAAGCCCUCAAAUGAACUCACCCGUGAAUACAUCCCCAAAGUAGGCAUGACCACCUACACCGUUGUGCCUCCAAGGUCCUUGGAUAAACUACGCUUCUUUGAAGUGGCGCUGACGCUUGAGUCUCCCAGUGUGCCUGGAGUUCAGGAAGUGAAAGUGGAGUCUUUAAAUCAAAAACCUACAGCAACAGCAUCACCAGCAGCAGCAUCUCCCACCAGGUUUGAGCGCAAGUCUGGCAGUGGCAGUGAUCUCUCUCCAUCCAUUUCCCCAACUGUAGAAUCCCCUUCAGACUCCACUUUUAUCCCUCAGGCCAAGGAGAAGAAACUUCCCCCUGCCACCAGGCCCAAACCAGCUUCUUUCCGCUUACCGCAGCACAAACGAACACCUGGAAGUUACGUCAACUCAGCAGUGGUGCGCAGUAGGAGUUUGAGUGAGGAGAAGGAGCCUCCAGGUAGCCCGCAAAGAGAGAGUUUCCAUGGGCUUAUGCAGGAGACUUUCCCCCCUCCGCCACCACCCAUCCAGUUGGAGGAGGAGACAAAGGCGACAGAUAAGCAGCACAUUUCUCCACCAACUUCUCCACUAAAGCAGGAAGAGAUUGUGAGAUCUAGUCCAGCUUCCUCCCCAAGAAAGACUGAAGUGUUCAGUGGUUCAGCACAUUCAGUUUUGCCACGCCAAACGAGUUUACCGACUCCUGGCCUGAGUCUGGAAAAGCUGCGUAGUUUUGCAGCACCAAAGCCAUACAUCUCAUUCACACCGUCACGCUUUGCUCAGGCUGUCAAUACUGCAGUCAAGAGAUCUCAGUCUCUUACCCACAAUCCUGAUAGGCUGCGUAGCCACAGGGUGCCUUUGGCGAUGACUAGACGUUGUCCAAUCAACGAGACAGACGAGUUUGUUGAACUACCCAAUUUCAGGGAUGUGGACAGAGGGAAUGGACAGAGGAAGAGCAGCAGUGACUCCUGUGUUUCUCCAGUUGAAGAGACUGAGGAGGUGUGGAAAAGGAGAACACCUGAUCUCUCCUCAAAUAGUGGAUCUAACGCUCACUGCGUCUGAGUACCGUUGCAGGGAUGUUGGUGUCUCCUGCGAUGUGUCCAGUAUCGAAGACCUUCCCUGCACAGAAACAGAGUAUUUAACCACUUCUUUAGCUUUAACCUUUAUGCCACAUUAAUGCCUUAAUGAUCACUUUUUGAGCUCAGUGCCUUUACACGAUGUCCUCAACCCCAGUUCUCCUUUUCCAUCCACUGUGAGGACACUCCAGCUCAGUGCACCUGAACUAGGAAUAUGACAGGAGGACCACAGCUCUGUAAAUGAGUUUUUGUUUGUUCUAAUCCUCUGUGUUUUCCCUUUUCUAAUGCUUGAUUGAAUUACUCUCCUGGAAGUAACAUCUGUUGAGCAACACUAAAAGAACAUGCCAUUUGGUGCAGUGUAUAUAUAGCUGCUAGAAAAGAGAUACACAACUUGUACUUUCAGUGCCGUAGCUAGUCUGCUAGCUUUUUGGAUACUUAGCAGUUUGUAGAAAAUGUCACACUCAGCUAAACCUGAGAGUAGCCAAUGAUUUUAAAUCGAUAAUGGUUUUAAUUUUACAUUCAUAAACUCUCAUUGUGUUGUAUUACAGUGUUAAAACUGACAUAAGCUAGCAGGGCAUUCUUGGAAUACAUUGAAAAAUGGUUGCUAGAAAUUAUUUUCAGAGAACGUUCCAUGUCUUCUAUUAUUUGGGACAGUGUUCUAGUAAGAACCGACUCGGGGGGUGUUAAUUCGGGUUUUGAUAAUUAGUGGAUCAAAUGAAACAGGUGCCCUAGAACAUAGAACAAAAAUAAAAUGCGCCCUGUUCUGCUGGAAAUGUCCAUGCGCCCUCUUAACUGUACUUUCGCUCCCCUUUUCUGUCUGCAGCACGUCUUCGAGCAGGUGUGGAAAAUCGUACUUAGCAGUAGUUAAUACAGUAGUUCAUACAAGCUCUGUGCUCUAAGCAAACAUGUAAUUCUCCUGAGGGAACAAGGUCACUGGCGUUAAAACAUCAUUAUACAGGCAAUUCACAGCAUUUGCCAUUUUUCUUGACGACACUUGUUGCAUUUAUUAUAGUUUCUAUCUCAAAUGCAUUAUAUUAAGAUCCUUAUUAAUUCUCAUGUUCCUGUUGAUUCCUGUUGAUUCUGAACCUGAUAUUUUAUAGGAUUUUCAUUCUUUAUGAAUAUGUUCUGUUUUUUUGGAAGAUGGGUUGUUUUAUUUGUGUGUGUUUCCCUUUAACUUAUUAUGUGUAGUGUGUAGAGUACUGUGAUUUUCAGUUCAUGAGGAAAAGGUACUCAGAUAUGCCAGCCUGGUGGUGCACAUACUUGUGUGCACGUGUACUGAAUGCAUACCUUUAGUGCAGCUAAACAUUACUGGUGAACAUUACAUAUCUCUAAAUUACAUGGAUCACAAUGAAGUAAGCAGUAUAUAAUGGCAUGUAACUGCACACAUAUAUAAUAAUGCAUUACACAUAUGGGGGUUACAUGUAACAAACAGGUAUGAUGUCUGAAAAAAAGAAAAAAAAAAAGCUUUUUAACAAAGCUGAGCACAAAAAGAAAGACACUGGUCUGCUCAUAUUUGUUUUCAGAUACAGUUCUGCUGUAAUAUAUUUCCAAACUGUGCAUUAAAGUGGAAUGCAUAAAAC